AUGCCUCCUCUGACACUUGAGAUCAAAGUCAACGCCAUCAAACGGCUUACGAAGGAACGGGGGAUCUACGCCCAGGAGGUGAAAGAUCAACAAGCACAGGUCCAAGCUCUCAAAGACCAAGAUGCCGACGUCUACGAGAUCAAGAAGCAAGAGGAAGUGUUGGAAGAAGGCCAGAGAAUGAUCCCUGAGCUUGAAGACAAGAUUGCCACCCAUAGGCAAGCACUCAAAGAGUACUUGGAGACGUACCUGGGGGACGAAGAUGUGACUGAGGCGAAGGAAUUAGUGGCUUAA